CAAGCAGACACACACUAUGAACGCUGGGAGUUUUGUUUCUUAGUUUUCCGGAGAUGCUAGGCUACAAUAAAUCCAUUUUUCUUUUAUUUGCUUUUAUUUAUUUUUUAGUUAUCAUUUUAUAAAGUAGUCAAAAUUGUUAUCAGCCAAGUUUUCAAACAGAAAAACAGCCUAACAAACAAAUAGUUGUAUAUUGACAUUUGUAUGCUAGCUUCAGGGCAUUUUUUGUCACGUAGUUUGAUUAUAGCGAAGAGCCGGAGGGAGACUGUAGGGUGCAUGAUGUUAGUGUCGUUACACGGAUGAAAAGUGGGCUCUGUCUGUCUGUGUGUGUGUGCGUGUGAAUGUGUGUGUCGUCUCAAACAGCCUGUAGUGUGGAAGGGCCCCUAGCGCCAGACAUUAGUAGUGGCCUGGCUGAUUACUCCCACUAUCGCAUCUACAUCUUGAACAACGCAAACUGGAUCACGGUCAGGCGCGUGAACAGGCGGCCGCAGCUCCCGGUCCGGACUCCCCUCCGCCAGCACCCAAACAUUAGCAGAGCGGUUCUGCUCACAGCUGGGCUCGCCGUCUGCGUCUCCGCUGCAGGGCCUCUUCAGUUCUACUCGGUGGGGAAAGUGGGUGUUUGCUGCUCACUGGUGUUUCGGCAGCGGCGGAGCGAAGUGUCCUCGAUGGCAGGCAGGAAGGACGGCUCGGUGCAGGAGAAGUAUCGGCUGGUGGUGGUCGGAGGCGGAGGUGUCGGGAAAUCGGCCUUAACAAUCCAGUUUAUUCAGUCUUACUUUGUCACCGAUUAUGACCCAACAAUCGAAGACUCGUAUACCAAGCAGUGUGUGAUUGACGAACGGGCGGCGCGGCUCGACAUCCUCGACACGGCCGGACAGGAAGAGUUUGGAGCCAUGCGAGAACAAUACAUGAGGACAGGGGAGGGCUUCCUGCUCGUCUUCUCCGUCACCGACAGAGGAAGCUUCGAAGAAAUCUAUAAAUUCCAAAGACAAAUCCUCCGAGUCAAAGACAGAGACGAGUUCCCCAUGAUCCUUGUAGGAAACAAAGCCGAUUUGGAGCUGCAGAGACAAGUCACCCAGGAAGAGGGUCAGAAUUUGGCUAGACAGUUAAAAGUCACGUAUAUGGAGGCUUCAGCCAAAAUUCGAAUGAACGUAGACCAGGCUUUCCACGAACUGGUUAGAGUAAUCAGGAAAUUCCAAGAACAGGAAAGUCCACCGUCGCCAGAACCGACGAGAAAAGAGAAAAACAAGAGGGGCUGCCAUUGUGUGAUCGUCUGAAAUCUGCCUUAUUACUGUAGAAAUCAUGCAGCUACUCAACACCCCCCCCCCACAAACACACACACACUUUCUGCCUGAUAUCAGAUCCCGAGUGGACGACUGACUGCUGCCUUCUCCUCCUGCAUGACUCCAGACAGCCUUUUCAGAGAUACUAGAAACUGCUGUUUCCAGGACAUUGCUAUGGACAACUGACAAUGCCAAAUUGUAACACCACUCUACCUUCAGUUGUAAGCUAAUUUACAGGCCAGAGUCCUGACACUAAACAUUGCCUUCGAAGAAUCAACCUGACAAAUUCAUGUUUUGUGUUCUGAAGGACCUCGGUUUUGCCUUGUAGACAUUUGUACUGCUACCAAGAUUGAGUGAGAUAUAUAUAUAUAUAUAUAUAUAUAUCAAAAUGUUAGUGACUUCCUUUAGUGUCUGACCAGAGCAGAGAUUAUCUUCUGAAGCUUUGCAUAUGUCGUGCCAUAUCCACUUUUAUUCCGAUGUGCUAAUCUGCUACUGUACAUAUGUGACAUUUUGUUGUGAUUUUCAAAGUGUAUUUCUAAUGACCUAUUAAAUCACCACAGUGCAGUGUGUGAGGUUGAGUUUGGCUUUUACAUAAAUAAAAUUGAAUAUUUAUGUAGAUAAAUAUACAUGUGUAUAUAAAUAUAUUGAAAUGACGCCUGAACAGCCCUUAAUAUUCUUAAAAACAAACAGCUUUUGCCUUCAUUUUAAUCACCAAGCAUGGAGUAUGUGCAGUACUGAUUUGCCUUGUAGACUUUUUUUAAGAUAAGUCUUCUAGAUUGAAUGAUUGUCCUCCUGUACGAUCUUCUUAAAGUGCAGAAAGUAUUAUGUUUAUCUGGGAUUUUUUGAUGGUUUUUAAGCUAACCACAAAAAAAUGCAUUCAGUUUUUCCACAAACACUGCUGGUAAGUUGAUUCGUUGUAAAUAAAGAGCCCACUUUAGCUGAGAUUAUACCAUUGUAACCCAUCUGCUCAAAUUUACCCUCUGAUUUAAUAGGUAAGAAACUGAUUCCAGCAACAAUGGCAGUGUUGGUUUUUUGUUUCUUGAAGUGUUCAGUAGUAUAUUUUCUGUCCCCCAAUGGUUUCCUAGAUGAAGAAAUGGCUCUUAAGAUGCACAAAGUUUCCGAUGGAACCGGAACUCGCCGUCUGUGGAGCCGUCCGAACAACCUUCUCCUGACCUUUCACCCUUUGUACUUCCAUUCAGGCCUUCAAAUGAAGUACUUGAGCUUGAUCAUUGUAAUAUACGUGAGCUAACCAGCUGAUAAAUAAUGGACUUUAUUCAAAUGUUUCUACUUUUGUACAUUAUUUUCAUAUCAAACUAGUUGGCAAGUAUUUUUCUAUGUUUAUAAGUGAGUAGAUGUUCACUGCACUGCUGGGUGUGUAUAUAUAUAUAAAUAUUAAGGAGAAUAUUUAAUUCAUUUGAGUAUUUUACGAUGACUGUUGGCCCAACUUUGUUAAAUUGGAUAAUUUACCCUGAAGUGACCAAGAAUGUCUAUUUUUUAUUUGUUCAGCUCACAGAUGGAGAAUGUAUUGAACCCGAUCGAUUAUAACUAUGACCUUCAUACAAAUGAUUGUUGUCUCGACGUGGAGGGAAUAAACAAACUGGAUUAUUGUAAUUCAAAACACUCUCAUCCAGCCCCUUAGUGGGAAAUCAUCAUGUACAUCCAAAAUCAUAAUGUCUUUUUUUAUCUUCUACAUCGGUCUAUUAUUUGCUUUGUGUCUAGCUUUUGGUGCUAAAAUAAAAUCUGUCAUUGA